AUGACGUAUUUACUGACAACGCCGUGCGAGUUUUCGCACGAGCGCACCAGCAGCUCGAGAGCUGGCGCUCCUGCCACUGCUGGGAUACUUGGCUUACUUGACAGUCGGUCACACUCGCGCGGACGGACCACAGUGUGCAGAGAUGUCUUGGGGAGUUUGAGGCCAGUCGACGUGCAGCUGGAGAAUGUAACUGGGGACAUUGAGAGGCUGGGCGUGUUCUGUGUGAAAGAUAGCGAUGCUCCAUGUGGACAGCCACCUUCAUUCCCAAAUUCACAUCUGCAGGGGAAAACUGGACUAGACCUGGGGGAUGAACUCCUGUAUGCCUGUAACCCUGGAUACAAACUCCCCAAUACAGAGACAGCCUUCAGCCUGCUUUGUGAUAGCUGUGGAGAAUGGUAUGGCCUGGUACAGCAUUGUGUCAAAGAUGAUCCUGAAGGCCACAUCGACUAUGACGAUAAGUUCACAGAUGGCCAUCUCCUUCAGAAUCCAGGGGAAGUGCAUCAUGUUUCUUUGAUUCCAGGAGGAGCAGAGACCACAGAUGAUGAAGAAGAGCAAUCCACUCCUGAACCAGAGCAUGAGCAGACAGCCAUGUCAGAGGAGGAAGAGAAUGAAGAUGAUUCUACAGUAUCAGUGACUGAACCUCCAGUGUCUCAACUCAGUCAGAAGCAUAUGUUCUGGUUCCCCUCAGAGGCCUUUCAGGAUGAGAAAGAGCCUCCAGUUAUCACCACAGAUUCUUCUGUUAAAAGCCCUAUAGAAGACCAGAAUCACAGCCAAUUGAAGCCUGACAUCAUCACAGAAGAACAUGACCCUAACCCUGACCCUGAUUAUGACUAUGCGACAGAUCCUCCCACUAAUUUGCCUGUCAGUCCCAGUGUUGGCAGCACGGAAGACUCCUGGCUUGAUGGAUAUCCUGUUCACCAGGGGGAAGAUAAAACUGGCGGUGAGUCAACGGGGGAGGCAGGACCAGAACAUGGACUGGAUACAGAGAGCGUGACUGACCCUUCAGAAGUGGAGAUGUUUGAGGAUGCAACCAAAAGCCCAGUGGAAGAGGAUAUUGGGGGUUUGAUUGACCACUCGGAGGAGGAAGACAUUGAAGGAGUUGUCAACAAUCACAAGGACACAAAGUAUAAAGACAAGAUCCACAGGAAAGGAGAGGAAGAUGAGCUUAGCAGAGGGACAACCAGACUUGAACAGGAGGAAUCCGUUGGAGUAAAAGAGGAUCCAGUGGUAACACAUUAUGGAGAAGCCACGGAGAAGGAUGAAAUGGGGAAAGAGACAUCCAUACCAGAGGUAACGGAGUCUGAAGGAGAGAUUGAUGGAUCUGAAGAGUUGGGAUUUGACAGUGUUACUGAAAGCCCAAAUGCUGUGGAGAUGGAACCCACAACUUUUGUCAGUGUUACUCAGAUGACAACAAGUGCAGACGAUAUUGAUCUACACAAGCAACCCAUGAUGUACACACCAGCGUCCGCUCCGGAGAAUGUGAGCACCAGCCAAGAGGGUUUAGAACCUGAAUACACAACCACACCUUCGGGGAUGGUAUUUCUCGAUGUUACACCUGGUUUCACUGAUGAUCUCAUCACCAAGGCCACACCCAUUAUUGAGGUUUCUUGGGAAACCAGUGACAGUGGCCACAUUCUGGAGCUUGACCCUGACCAUGACACGACAGAAAUCCCUGAAAAUAGUGAGAUAGAAAGAGGUGGAGAUCACAGCCUGGACCAACAAGAGCGGGCUGGGGAGGGUAAUUGUGCAGAAGGCCUCUGCCAUGUAUCUGGUCGUGGACCGAUGAUUGCCGCCAUUAUCGUUGGCGUAGUAGCAGCAUUAGUAGGCGUGGUCUUGGGAGUGUGGUGUUACAAAAAGAGGCUACAAAAGAGCUCCCACUACCAACUCAAUGGAACUAACAGUCAAACACAGUGCAUUGAAUUACAACAGACUGUGUGAUGGCCAUGCACAUCCUCACAAACCCACACAGCUUACACAAACAUCAAUACAAAGCCAUUAAUGUGUGAACAUUACAGUCUACAUUUACACUAACACAAAAAGUGUCCCUGCGUUCAAAUCUCCUUCACCACACAAAGUCUGUUGGAUAGGAUUGUGUAAUACUUAUUUUUGAUAAUGUUUCUGUUUUGUUUUUUCUUUUUCUUUUUUCAUUGUAUUUUCAUUGUAUUGUGUUGAUAAUAAUUGACACUUCAUAAUCUUUCAAUUAGGUGUCAUGGAUCUAAAUGUCUUCUGUUAUUUUGGAUGGACUGCAUUGGACUGCAGGUCAUUGCAUUUGUAUGCAUAGUGCCCAUAUGUCCUUGUUAACAGAUUAUGUGUAUGUAUGUGUUUAUAGCUCUGUCCAUUAGUGAGUGAGUGUGCGUAAGGAGUGUGUGUAUGAUUGUGAUUUGGCUAUAUGUAUGUGUGUAAGAGACUGAAAGAGAGAGAAAGAGUGAAAAAGAGAGUGUGGUUGAACUUAGCAUUCUGUGCAUGUGCAUAUUGAAAGUUUCUAACUCUCACAGACAGGUGAGACAUUCUGUUCAGAGGAACUGAGGGUGAAUUCUGAUUGGCUUUCAGCACAUAUAUGCCUAGCGCUCGCAGAAUAAAUAGCUUUUUCAUCCCUAAAUUUAGAAUACAAUGAGCAUUUGUUCAGUUUAAGCCUUUUUCCUAUAAAUAAGUCCAGUUUUUUGUGGUUGGGCUCAGGACUCUAUUGAAAGAAUUUAACUCACAGACAGGUGAGACAUUCUGGUCAGAGGAACUGUGGGUGGAUUCUGAUUAGAUUUCAACAUAUAUAGAGCUUGUAUAAUGAAUAGCUGUCACCCACCAGUUUAGAAUACCAUGAGCAUUUGUUCAAUUUCUUUAAGUCUAUAUCAACACUAAUCCAUUUUUGUUUGAAAAUGCAUUGAUUUCGCUAUAUGUUUACGCCUCUCAUCCACACUGAAACAGGGUUUUCCUCCACUGAAAACUGAGAAUUUUGAAAACUCUCUCUAGUACCGCAUACUUUGCAAAACUAUGACAUUAUGAAACAGAUAAUGGACGUUUCAAAAUUAAACGAAUUAGUGUGGACAAGGCCUAAAAGUUCAUGAUAGCAUUGAAGUAUACUUAGAUUUAAGGAACCGUUAGGAAAAGUCAUAAAUUAAUAUUUUAUAUGUCUUAAAGCCAGUAUUACACUCCUCACUUAGGUAUCAAAUAAAAUAUUAAAUAAUUAAUUAUUAUACUUUUUCACAAUUGUGUGAUUGGUUUAAACAAAAAACAAACCAAAAAAUAAAAUAAAAAAAUAAAAAAACAUUUUGCCCCUCAAAGUAACGAUCAAGUCAUUAUUCAUCUCAAACUAAAUUUAUAAGGGAUAUUUGUAUCAGAUGUUUAUUACAAAUGAUUUUUUUGACAUUUUAAAACCAGUUAAUUAAAACAAAACAAAACAAAACAAAACAGAAAUCACAUAAUGUGUCAAAACUAUUGUCAGUGUUUAAUUAAAGCUGUAAUCGGUAAUGUUAUUUUUUGGGGGAUUUACAGCUGAAAUCAAAUACAUAUAUAGAAUGCUAAGAUGUUUUUGUUUUCCCACACAUUUCAAUUGUGAUUUUAGUUUAUAAAAGAUCUAGUGAAGCUAGAUUAGUCAGGCUAUUUUCAACAUGUUGUUAGUAACAAAGUCUUAAAUUGUUGUUUGAUUUUAUCAUAAAUGAAUAAGUAAGAGUGGAGUAACAUGUUUAACUUUUGUUUUGCAGAGUAAUUUUUCAAUACUUUAAAGAUCAGCUGAUGUACACAAAAUUAACUUUAUUUAACUGUUAAGAUAUGUUUGAAGGUUGUUUGUUACGUAAGGUGCAUUAUUUUUUUUCAUGUUUAAAAUAUAUAUAUAUAUAUUUCCAGAACUGUGCAGCUGAUGUUAUAUUAGCUUUGUUCUUAUUGUAGAAUAGGCCUAUACACUCUGACUGUGUUAUCUGAAAUAACUCUCUGUUUAGUUGAGAGGUUAUAUGGUCUCAUUUACUUACAAAACAUAAGUCAGAUCAAAACAGAAUAUAGGACAUAAUUUAAUGUCAUUGCAAAUUUCUGGUGUCUAAUUUCUAGUAGAUUUAAUGCAAAGUAUUGUGAACCAUUAAAAGUUUAGAUGAAAAAAAUAAAAUAAAAUCAGUUCCACUGGGCUCUUGUGCUGGUCAACGCAUUAAGGCAAUUUUGAUUGUUUAUAAGCUUUGUGAGGAAAUAACCUAGGAAAGACUGGCCCAAAUGAACACUUUCCAACUUGAAGUAACAAAUAGAUACUUCAUAACCAUUUUGGGGCACUUGUGGCAAUUGGAACUCAACAUUUUAUUUGUGCUGAAAUCAUAUCAAAGUUGUUUUUCUGAAUUGUUAAAGUGUUGCUUUUUUUUUUGUGAUUGUUGAUUGAGUUGUCUCUGAAUAGAGUUCUUGAGUGAAUGAGUGAAAUCUUUUCAUCUGUGAUUUGUUCAUUUGCAUUAGAAGUCAAAACUGCUUGUUAAUAUCUCCCAUUACACAGUAACAAUGUCAGUUAAAUGUGACAUGAGGGUAUCUGACUAAAUAUAGCUGUGAAAAACUAACUGACCCUUAACAAAUAAAUUAC